UCUCCCUCCCUCAGUCACAUGGCGCAGGAGCGUCACCCCAGUGCCGGAUCACAUGACCGUGAUGUCAUCAAGCGUGUCUCCUAGAGGAGAGAGUGGCUUCACAUUGUAGAUCAUGGGUCCAGCGAUAAUGGGCCUUGGAUUUUGCAGCUCCUGCCUUCGGGGGAGACUAAAUGGACUGGCGAAGCCCAGAAACUGGCAGAGAGUUAUGUGCCAUGGAAUAACUCGGAGCAUUUGUUCUGAGACAGGAGAAUGGGAAAAAGUUUUAGGAGUGGAAACUCGAAAAAGGAUAGAAAGAUUUUGGCAUCACAGGAUAAAGGACCAGUUUACUCAAAUCAGUGAAGUAGAUAAGACGAAACCAAAGUUUUAUGUAUUGUCAAUGUUUCCAUAUCCCUCUGGAAAAUUGCACAUGGGGCAUGUACGUGUUUACACACUAAGCGACACCAUAGCGCGGUUCCAGAAGAUGAGAGGCAUGCAGGUCAUUAACCCAAUGGGCUGGGAUGCCUUUGGACUGCCUGCAGAAAAUGCAGCCAUUGAACGUGGUUUAAGUCCGGACACUUGGACACAAAGUAAUAUUGAACACAUGAGGCAACAGCUUGAAAAAAUAGGCCUGUCGUUUAGCUGGGAUAGGGAAGUUACCACAUGUUCAGCAGAUUAUUACAAAUGGACUCAGUAUCUGUUUGCCAAAAUGUAUGAAUCUGGACUUGUAUACCAGAAAGAGGCCUUGGUGAACUGGGAUCCCGUAGAUAAGACCGUGCUUGCCAAUGAGCAGGUGGAUGAACAUGGUUGUUCUUGGCGAUCUGGCGCAAAGGUGGAGCAAAAGUAUUUAAAGCAGUGGUUCCUUAAAACAACAGUUUUUGCAAAGGCAAUGCAGGAUGCCCUGGUUGAUCUACCUGAAUGGUACGGGGUGAAAGGCAUGCAGGCUAACUGGAUUGGUGACUGUACUGGCUGUUUCUUUGACCUCAUGUUAAAGGUGGACAAUGUGGAAACUGGAGAAGUUAUUUCAGCUUAUGCUUUCAACCCAGAAGCUAUUUAUGGGGCAUCACACAUUGCAAUAUUACCAAGUCACAGAUUGCUGCACGGGGGUAGCAGUGUGAGAGGAGUCCUGCAGGAGGCUUUCACAGCAGGCAAAGAUUGCCUCACUCGCGUAUCUGCAAUAAAUUUAUUUACUAAGCAAGAGCUACCAAUCAUCAUCUCUGGAAAACAUGAAUUUGAGGGUUAUUUAGACAGUAAAAUUGGUAUUCCAAGCACAAACUUGGAAGAUGGCAUCUUGGCAGACAAGUUGGGUUUGACUUAUACAACGGUUACCGAAAAUCUUAGUGAUGGCACUGAGAGAAUAAUAAACUCAGCAAGGUUUACAGGAAUGCGCAGAGAUGAAGCAUUUUGUGCUAUAACCCAACAAGCCCAGGACGAGGGGGUUGGUGGACAUCUAACCAGCGACAAGCUAAGGGACUGGCUCAUAUCAAGACAACGUUACUGGGGAACACCUAUCCCCGUCAUCCACUGCAAAUCCUGUGGCACUGUCCCUGUGCCAUACAAAGACUUACCUGUGCUCCUUCCCAAAGUGACUUCCUUCACAGGGAAGGGCUCAUCUCCUUUAUCAGCUGUAACAGACUGGAUAAACUGCAAGUGUCCAAGGUGUGCUGGGAAUGCAGUGAGAGAGACGGACACAAUGGACACAUUUGUGGAUUCAGCUUGGUACUAUUUCAGAUAUACAGAUCCCCAUAACUCAGACAGGCCAUUUGACAAGUCCUUAGCUGACUUCUGGAUGCCCGUUGAUUUGUACAUUGGAGGGAAAGAGCAUGCCGUAAUGCACUUAUACUAUGCACGUUUCUUCAGCCACUUCUGCCAGUCCCAGGGCAUGGUGAAGCACAGGGAACCCUUCAAGAAACUCUUGGUACAAGGCCUCAUCAAAGGACAAACAUUUACAGUCGCAUCCUCAGGAAGAUAUUUGAAGAGAAAUGAAGUUGAUCUCAGUGGAGCUGAACCGGUUCAUGCUGACACUGGAGAGAAGUUGCAAGUAACAUGGGAGAAGAUGAGCAAAUCCAAGCACAAUGGAGUGGAUCCUGAGGAAAUGGUGGAGAAGCAUGGCAUUGACACCACUCGCCUAUAUCUCUUAUUUGCUGGCCCUCCAGAGCAAGAUAUAUUAUGGGAUGCUAAGACUGAUGCUUUACCUGGGGUACAGAGAUGGCAGGCUCGAGUGUGGGCUGUAGCCAGCAAGUUUAUUGAAGCCCGAAAGCUUUCAGUUGUUUCUGAUCCCAAGCUUCUUAAUAGGAAUGAUAUUGCAGAGGCCCAGAAAAUUUGGCAAAACAAGAACUGUAUAGUUUCUGAGGUAACCAGCUACUUCACUGAGGACUUCAUUUUCAAUGCAGCUAUUUCCCAGCUAAUGAGUUUAAGCAACAUACUCUUGCAUUCAACUCAGCGAGUUGUUCAACACAGCAGAGAGUAUGAAGAUGCCUUAGCAAGUCUCAUCAUCAUGAUGUCACCCAUGGUACCACAUUUGGCAUCAGAGUUGUGGAGAGGUGUGGGACAAGUGGAGCAUAAGCUGUGCACACAGUAUAACUGGAAUAAGGAUGUCCUUCAUCAGGCCUGGCCAAUCGUAGACCCAGAAUAUUUACGUCAGCCUGACACUGUGGAAGUGUCUGUAUUGAUUAAUAACAAAGUAUGUGGCUCAGUCAAUGUACCCUUUGAUGUUUCCCGGGACUGUGAGAAGAUCCAAGACCUAGUGAUGCAGAGUCAUCUAGGCGCGACACAUCUACAGGGACGCACAAUAAAGAGGACCAUCCUAUCCCCAAGGACAGCUCUUAUUAACUUCCUUGUGCAAGAGUAAAUUUCAUAACAAAAAUAAAUAAAUCACUAUAAUAAUGGACAUGCAUCCAUCUCAGCUGUAUAUUCAGUGAGGAGGUAAAAGUCAAUGCCACAGCCACAAGUAAUAUUCCUAUAAUACAGCCAGGACAAAUGAGUACUUCAUGUACCAGAUAGAUUGAAACAAGCAAUACAACUGCAUGCAAAUGCCUAGCCGUGACCUGUUUUAGCAGCUGAAACAUGGCAGACCUCUUCUCUAUGACUCCAAUGGAAGACAAAAGGCAUCCAAGAGGCGCUGAUAUAAGUUUUUAUAAAGUAGUGAGAGGGCAAACAGAUUUGAAGAGCCCACUGACUCAGGUUAGGCUGCUCAUGACAGACAAGUCUACCCUCCAGUGGGUAACCCAGCAAGUUGCCAGAAAAAACAAAAGGUGCAUAUAUGGAAAGAGCGCCAGACCAAAAGAUAAUAGUUUUUUUCCAUUUAUUGUUAUUGUGCUGAAAGACAGCUAACACGUUUCAGUCAGAGGAUCUCCCACUUCAUCAGGGGAAGGUCCUUUGACCCCCAAAAUGCGUUAGCUGUCUUUUCACACAAUACCAAUAAAUGAAAUUGGACUCUUAUCUUUUGGUCUGGCGCUAUUUCCAUGUAUGCACAUUUUUUUCUGAUCUCUAUGGCUGUCCUAGAAUCUCUGAAUGUACUAUUUGUAACUCAGGCCUACUUUAUUAACAGAAUUGUCUGACAAAUGGCAGGAGACAGUAUGAGUGUACGAAUUUACAGUCUAGAAAAUACUUUUAUAUGUGGAAUGAUGCACAUGAUGUGUUCAUGACGGCAGUCUUGGUUGUCACACUCCAACUGAAUAAUAAAGUUGCCCCCUUUGGUUUCUGUAUCUGUUUGUGGAGAAGGUUGUUUUCUGAUGGAUUACACAUUACGUAUGAUAUUGUGAGUACAAGCUGCUAAAUUGUUACAUUGGUUAUGUAUAGUAAAAUGAAACCACUGUACUUUUUGUACAUAUUUUACUACCGCUUGAAGCCAAAAAUCAAUCAAGUGAAAUAAAUGCUUCUUUAUACA